GAUAUUAGCUAGCACUCGCUAACGGUAUUCUCUGCUAAAGGGAAGACGGUAACUCAAGAAAAUCAACACCUGGAUUGCUUAAAGGACUGUACCUCAAUAAAUUAUAACUAAUCGAAGAAGGAUUAAUUAAGUUGUAAACGUUACAACCGAAGUUUAAUAUUUUUUUGUUGGGUGUCUGUUGUCUCACGAUGGAAGAUAACGGUGCACAUUUCUUCGAGGGGACCGAGAAGCUGUUGGAGGUGUGGUUCUCUCGACAGGAUGAGACCAAAGGAACCGGGGACCUCCGUACCAUCCCAAGGUUUGAGUGGGACAAACUUUUGGAGAAUGUGCAUUGUUUGAUCAUAAGUGUGACAAAGUCUGACAAGCAGGAAGCUUAUAUACUCAGUGAGAGUAGCAUGUUUGUCUCCAAGAGACGUUUCAUUUUGAAGACAUGCGGAACCACCCUCUUACUGCAAGCACUGGUGCCUCUGCUGGAACUCGCCAGGGAGUACUGCGGUUUUGAUGCCAUCGAGAAUUUCUUUUACUCCCGCAAGAAUUUUAUGAAGCCAACCCAUCAAGAGUUCCCUCAUCGAAACUUUCAGGAGGAAGUGGAUUUUCUCAGCCAGAUUUUCCCAAAUGGUGCAGCCUACUGUAUGGGACGUUUGAACUCUGACUGCUGGUACCUGUUUACCCUGGACUUACCAGAGUACUGGGAGAACAAGCAUGCGGAUCAGACGCUGGAAGUUUUGAUGAGUGACCUCGAUCCAGCCAUUAUGGACCAGUUCUAUAUGAAAGAUGGUGUUUCUGCAAGUGAUGUCACUCGUAUGAGUGGAAUUCGUGACCUGAUACCAGGUUCUGUGAUUGAUGCCACAAUGUUCAACCCUUGUGGAUACUCAAUGAAUGGAAUGAAGACUGAUGGAACUUACUGGACCAUCCACAUCACACCGGAGCCAGAGUUCUCCUACGUCAGCUUCGAAACCAACCUCUCCCAGACAUCAUACGAUGAUCUGGUCAGUAAAGUGGUGGAGGUGUUCAAGCCAGGAAAAUUUGUGACUACGCUUUUUGUCAAUCAGAGCUCCAAAUGUCGCAGUGUCUUUUCUCCACCCCAGAAACUGGAGGGCUACAAGCGCCUCGACCGCCAGUUGGCUCAGUUCAACGAUUACAAUUUUGUCUUCACAAGCUACGCCAAGAACCGCCAGCAGAACCAGCAGAGCUGAGGGUUGAGGAUGAAGAAGAGGCGUAAAAAGAAAGGCGGCCGCUCGGGGCUCCCUCCCCGCUGCUGGCUCCAGCCCCCAGUCGAGAGCUUAUCCUCAUCCAACUCCCCUACCGUCUUCCUCCUCCUCCCCUCCUCCCGCUGCUGUCGUCGUCCAGAAUUCCCCGGUGCUGCAGACGCGGUCGCAAGCCCCCCCUUCCCCCCCAGUUUAAGUUGUUUGCAUUGUUGUACCUGUGACUUAGAUCUCUUGCAUGAAAGCUCUUUUCUCUGUUUCGAUAUUCUAGCUCACUCUUGCUGUGAUCUUGAAGUGCAUGUAGAGGAAUUAAACACGCUCUGUUUGAGGCUGUCCACCUGUGCCCAGUACAACGGUCCCUUCCUGCAGGUCUCGCCCCUCAUCCCUCACAGACAAGGCUUCCGCCCGCACUAAGCCAGGGCCCUGACAUGCUCAGAUCAGUCCGCCUCUUAACGAAAGUCAACCAAAGCAGUCCAUACUUAAUUUGCUCUCCAUUUUGAUAGUUGGUAUUUAGGAGCUAAUUUUUGAGUGCACUUUAAAAAAAACUGUCAAGUCGCGGUACGAAAAGGCCUACCUUUUGUCUAACUGAAUGUAAGAGUCAUUUUGGCCAUUCUAAUCGUUGUCCGUGUUUCCUUUGAAAACAAACGCCAUACUUGCUGUUUAAUGUUAUCAGACAAAAGGUUUGCAGCUCAUUGGAAAACACAUCUAAGCAAAAGACCUACUGCUUUGCUGGACCAGAACUCAUUCAUUGGAGCUCCUCCACCUCGACAAUCAUAAAUUCCCCAAAUAGACAUGCUUUUAGAGGCCGUGUCCACAAAAGUGCUUUAUUUCCUCUGAGGCAGGUGGUGUGGUUUUUUUUGUUGUUUUUUUUCAAUGGGAGCACUGCGUAGUUAUGCAGCCCUCCCCACCCCUCGAGCAUACAGAGUUGAAACAUGUUCAACUUUCGGUUACUUCAACCGUUCAAUCACAGUGGACGAGGGACAAACACAUAGUCACAUCUGACAUUUACACGUGCUGAACAACAACAACAAUAAUGGAGGAGAAAUAUCACCACCUUACAAUUAUAUUCAUAUAUUCUUAUUCUGCGACAACUAAUUAACCUUAUGGGAGGUGUUUUUGGGGCUUUUUAAUUUAAAAAAACAAAACGGUUACUCUCAUUAAUGCUGUUUCGAAUGGAAAACUUUAAAGCUCAAUAUUUCAAAACCGCUCAGAAUGCAGAUAAAACUUUAUAAUUCUAAGGUGGCAAUAUUUUAACAUUGUGUGACAUAAUGUUCCUCUCAUGAUCCCACACAGACCAACCCGUCGUCCAAUCUAGAGCAGGUAUUCUACCGUGUGCCAGCACGUUUAACUUUUCUCAAACGCUCCCAGCUGAGCGUUUCCUGACGAGCACGGGGGAAAAAAAAAACACUUUUGUGGACACGGCCCCUUUUUAAAGUUGUACGCCUGGAAAAUGUAUGAAUCAUUUAAGACAUGCACACUUUUUCACCCAAGCUUCUUUUUUAUUUUAUUUUACAGCAUGCUGUAUCUAUAGGAAGCCUCUGGGUCUUAAAAAUCCCUCCCCCAGUUAUUUUGAGCCCUGUAGUUCUCACACAAAGUAGCUUGAAUGUAGCACAGCGGCCCUCCUUUUUUCGAAUGUAGGCAUCUCUAGAGAAAAGCCCGGACCGGGGUUUGAGCUGAAUGUACGACUCCAGUGGAGCACCCUCCCUCCUCCCUCUCUCUCUCUCACACACACACACACACACACAUGCACGCACGCGCACGCACGCAGAGAGCUCACAAUGCCCUCUGCCGACCAGCCAUUGUCCGGCCUCGCAGCAGCCCCCCCCCCUCCACCCCCUGCCAGAGUCAGACUGUCAGCUGGCCCCAGAACCGUGACAUGACGAGCCCUCCUGGCCCGCCGCGCGCGCUCUGAAUGGGAAAUAAUGAAUCAGACACUUUUUGCUUAGUUGCCCAGCAAAGCAUUUUUCUUUUUCCCGCAUAAUAUCCAUCCUCUCUCUGUCUCUUUCCGCCCCCAUACAGAAAUCUGUAAGCGCACAAUAGAGGCCCACCAGUCUGAGCAUGCCAGGGUGAUCCCGGAUCAUUCCACAUGUAACCUGCUGCAUAAAACUGCCAUUUUAUUAAAUUUAUUGUGCCCCCCCCCCACCCCCCCCCCCCCCAGACAUUUUUUGCAGGGAAUCGGUCGAAAAUGUGACUCCCCCAGCAGUUUUUUCUUUUUUUUUUUGUUUUGGAUCAAUGCCCUUUGUUCAUUGAGGGGGAAAAUCCUGUGACACUAUGGUGCAUGUGACUACUAGUGCCGUGUUGCUUGACAGUGUAGUGUAGCGCCGUCUCUUCCUCCUUUUUCGUCAGUGGGUCUGUGUGCUUCACUUUCCUCUUGUUUAACCAGCUGCGUUUCAGAUAGGCGGGGAUUUUUUUUUUUCUCUUUUAGGGGUCAGGUUAACUUGUAUUAAUCUCAUUUCAAGUUGUGGACAUGUGCAGAAAGCAGGUUGAGUUUCUUUAUUUAUUAUUUUAAAGCUCGGUCCUCUCCGUUUGCCGUUCAUUCUCCUUCCAGAGAAUUCAGUUUUGACUCGGAGAAGACGCGGCCGAAGUCUUAACCUGCUUUCACCCCCCGUGGUGCAGUAGAAACUGUUGUUUUGAAACAUGUGCGGUGAUUGCAUCAACACCUAUAGCAGCACAUUCAUCGCCGAAGCCUCUCGAUGAGCUAGUCGGGCCAGUCAAGUUGGAGCAGUUAUUGUAAAAACCAAGCAGUGACAUUGACACUUGGAAUAGUUUCCCUCUAGUUUGUCCAUCAUGGCUUUUUGGAGUGGUUUCAUUUUCUUUCCUGAGGACCAAUCGCUGCUCUUAACGCGAACUGCUCUAAACUCCACGUCCGAGGUGAUCUGCCAUGACUGUUAUAGGUCCUUUAUGAAGUCACACAUUUUUCUGGAUUUAAACUCUUCAAAAAAUACUGAAGCAGUUUAACACUAACUGUUCUCGGAUUAAGUACAUUUUAGCCUUGUUGGUGUGGAUCAUUAUGCUAUUUUUUUAUACGGUGAACUCAAUGCAUUUUUGCAGUUGAAUGGUGAUAGAAUUUUAUACAAAAAUAAUAUUUUGUAUUUUUGCUGCGGACCAAUCUUUUUUUUCUCUCUCUCUCUCUCUCUUCCCCUUUUGUCCAAAUGUUUAUUUUGUUGUGAAACCAGUUUGUUCUGAAGUUUUAUGGGAUGACAUUUUCAAAACGGACUUAACAUCAUGUUUUGUUUUUUAUUUUUAUUUUCACUCUCCUUUCCUCUGUGAAGCUUCUCUCCAGAGGAAAGGAGAGUGUCCCCUGGGUCAGAGGGUGUGGUUGCAGGGUGUACUGAAGGAAAAACUUUGCUGUUCUAAUUCUUUCUUUUGCUGUUCUUUGGAUGGUCAAGAUGUGCUAAAUAUAUCUGUGCUACGAGCUUGAUGCUUCAAUAAAAAAGAUACUUAUCUGUGCAA